GCUAACUUCAAAACGAACUUCGUCAUAACCCACAAAGCGAACUAAAAUAGAACUUGGAGAGGGAGCCAAGAUGGAGUGGGACAUUACGCAUUAUUCGUACGCUGUAGUUGAUGCCCUACGCUGACGACCCUCGCUAGCAUGAGACUAGGAUCUGAUACGCCGGCUUGCCCCCAAGUUGACCUCGCUGCCAAUAUGCAACGUCAAGAGUUUGAUCAUUUGGCCUGCGGCAGAGCACCAGGCCGACAGGCUCCCAUGUCUCGAUCUUGAUCAAGAGUUCAAGGAUUAUUGGGCUGGGAUUCCAAGCCUCGAAGAUCGAAUCCGAUGCAAAAAGGGAGUCUUCUCUUGUGAUUGGCCAUUAAAUCAGAUCAAUCCCGAGCCUAGGAUGCGAGCAGAGCUUCAUUGGACAGGAUUUAGAAUCCACCAGAGUGCUGCCGCCACUAGGACUACGCAGUAACUACACAGUAACUACGUCAAGCUAUUUUGAGAUCUGAAACGGUGCGACAUCAGUUGUGGCAUGCUCUGCCCCAUCCACUUUCUUCGCGCUCUCAUUGCUCAGCUGUGCAACACGAUUCUGCUCAAGCUCUGCUAGCGCCUAUGCCAUGAUGCAUUCCAUGCUCCAGAUUCGAUUUAGAAGUGCCUAUCAUUCAUUCUAAACAAGAUGAAGAAGCCCUUGUCCUUCGUCCUGGCCACAACGAUAUCAAUAAUGGCCUUUGAUGGAUUCCCUCGGUCGCUUCUUUCUCCUUCCUUGUUACCUACCGUCGCUAUUCAUUACUUGGGUUAAUAUUCAAUUUUAGGUUCUUUCUUGUUAUUCUCUGGUGUUGCUAAUAACUGCUGACCCUGGUGGCCAGUGGCUUUUAUUUUUCUCCUCUACGCGUCGGUGUCAACUUCGACGCCUUCGUCACUUUCGCUGAAUUACCAGCUCCCAGCCAUCUUCUCGCCUGACUUAUGCUUUUUCCUAUUCUUUCAUAUAUGAAAUAGGCCUUCCACGAUGCGAAUAGCAUCAGUGCCCCUCUAUACUUUCACAAUCUUUGCAGUUAUUCAAUCCGCUUUCCCGAAACAUACGCUGGAACUGCCAAUUUUUCGCCAAUCUAUGAAUCUUCAUGAAAAAACCCAUCGCGAUGCCUUUGACCGGCUUCAUAUUGGAUUUGGUUUAGAGAAGAGAGCACCAUCACCUCAGCAGGAUGCUCCGAAGUCCCCCACGGAACAGAAUCCUCCAGCAGAGACCUCAGAAUUGGCUUCAGCGCCUGUAUUUGAUGAACAGCAGUUCAACGCGUCCGCAACGACGGCUUGCCUCAGGGCUCUUGAAGACUUGGAGAGUGUUGUGAACCCGUCUGGCAUGGCGGCUUGCUUCAAUAUACCCUAUUUUGACAAAGAAACCGGUGCAUUCGAAGCUGAUCUCAGAGUUUAUCAAGUGAAUGAACCCUCGGGCGAAUUUGCGGGAAUCCCACAUUCUGAGUAUACAUUGGAAAUGAACAUACCACAGGCUACAAUUUCGGAUCCCCUUCGACUCGUUGACGACACACUAGACGGCCAGCAAGAGAUGGUAUUGUUACAGGAAUUCCGCCAUUUCGGACAAAUAUCAACAUUGCUACAACUUGACAAACUUGCACAAGACGAUCUCCGCGUCCUCUUAAUCCCCAACAUAACUGUCGGCGCCUCAAAUCCACAAAGCCAGGAACUCGUCAUGACCACAUUAUCCUCCGACACACUAUCAUACGUUGCGGGGUUCUUCACAAAUGAAGACAACUCCCCUGUCAACAUCACCGUCCCCGAUGUCAGCUCCAGACUCCCGGACAUUGUAGCUGCAGCCACAGCAUUCGUCUUGCCAGGCACGACUCUAGGUAUCUUCCCCACGGGCCUGAUAAUAACAGGUAUUUGGUCCGGGGUCUUUUUGGGUGCUGUGGGAUACGGAACUUUGACUCGCAUGAAGUUCCGCGAUCAUUAUCGCCGACGGCUACGGAUGGCAGCGGCGAGGGCGCAGGGAAAUGCGAGGAUUUAGGGAUAAUGGAUAUUGGGGGUUUGGGGAUUUUAGAAUGUAUUAUACAGUUCUCUCUCUCUCUCUCUCUCUCUCUCUCUCUUUUCUUUUAUUUAUUUAUUUUUUUCUUUCAUUUUUCUUCUUUGCUUCAUACCCUACAAGGGAAAGAUCAUACAAGAUUGUACUGUACAUAAAUAUUGAACUUCAUAGAUAUCUAAGAUAUCACCCCGUAUUACACCUGUUCAUGGAAAAGCACAGUGUGUCAAUAUGUAGCCUUUUUUUCAAAACAAACUUAUUCUGUGAUUGUCAAAUGACCUUGUUCCCCCCAUAUAUUUACAACUCCUUGCAAAUCCACGUCAAUUUCCGGAUUCAUUCCUAAAUCUGCUAACUUAACUCGCCAUAUUAUCUUAACAACCAAAGAACCGAAAGUUUUCCUUUGAAGAAUGAUGACUUCCCAGGCAGGUCUCAACGUCAAUUCUGUCGCAGACAACUCAAAUAGAGAGGUGGGCCGGGAGGGAAGGACAGACAGAAAGAAAAGAAAGGAAAAAAAAGAAACAGUUGACAAACUGGAGAGCAGGCGUCUCAGUUUGCGAAAAAGGAAAACCCUAGCACAAGUUAGAGGGCCGAUAUAAAGACAUAAAGGAAAUACUUAACAUUGGUUGCGCUCGAAACACAGUACACUCCAGUCACGCGCAAUAGGGGAGAAACGGAAAAGCAAAAGAAGAAAAGAAACGUUAAUGUUGCGCGCCUGUCGGCCCUAUACCUUGUGAAAACCAGGCGCCUGAAGCGGGUGAAUUCCUUCACAUUCCCUCCGAUACCCUGCAGAUGUUUCCUAUCAUAGAACGCGGCUGCGUUGGAAAGAAAAUCACACGUCCAUAAAUGCCACACUGGUAUUGGUUUAUUACCGAUCAUACUAGCAGCGAAGGAGCUGGUAUCAUGCCUCUGCAACGACCUUAGUGAGCACCAGAAAAUUUGUUUUUUCCCGGGUAAAUCAAUAAUAUCUCGUCCCUAUCCUGCGGGAGGCGGGGAGUAAGGCUGGGAUGCCUAGCACCUAGAGUCUUUUUGCCCGGAUAGAUUAAUAUCUCAUCUCUAUCCUGACUAUAGGAACCCUUUUGCCGUGGGAAAGUUAAUAAUAUCUCUUCCCUUUCUUAACGAGGUGCACGGCGAUGAUGACCGGAAAAAGAACUAGAAGAUUGAUCUUGUAGCGGGAUAAUUAAUAUUUCGUUUCCUUCUGGGUGAUGAUCGCCUGCCGUCCUACGCGCUCGUCCGCCCACUGGGGAUUCACCCAUCCGGGACACGGUCACAGAAUAAUCCUCAUCAUCAUAAUCAUCUACCGUCGUUCGCUGCGAACUAUCUAGACCCGUGCCACACAUUCCUCGUCUUCUCGAGGAGCUUGCUUCGUGAGUGCCAGGGGCUGCUAUUUCCUCUAUGCAAUCAGCGUAUCGUCCAGGCGAUUCGGGAACUUGUCUCUCCAGAAAUUGAAAACUGAGGUGCAAGGAAAUGAUAAAAAUGGGGGGAAGACACAAGGCAAUCUCCUACUCACCCUCCGGUAUCCUUUCAAAUUGUUGGUAUGGAGGUGGAGGUUCUAUCGUCGGGAUAUCAUAAAUGGGAGGGAGGGUUGCCAUCGCCAUUAUUCUCCAAUGGGCCGCCUGUGUUGGCCCUCUCGGUGAGCCCUCGCCGAACCUACGUCUUCUGGAUCCAUGAUACAUUUUUUUUCGACUAAGGGAAUUUCUCCCUUUCGUUUGUGCAAGGGUAUAAUUAUCCUUAUUAUCCUUAUUGAAGCGGAG